UUCUACAUUAUGGAUUGGAACAGUUGCAGUUUAUUUGGUAAAACCUGCUGAUACACAUCAGAAACAUGUGGAGGAUGUGAGCUUUUAGCAUUUAGUAGGUGGGAUGGCACUUAACUUUUCCCAUGUGUCUUAUGCUUUUUCUCUAAGAAUCCAUUAGGAGCCCAGCUCAUUGUUUGAAUUUUUAAUACUCUUCUCUUCCCCACCAGGACUGAUUCUCCAGGGAAAGGCAGGAGCUUUUUAUAAUUUAGAUAAAGGCAAAUAGAUAAGAAGGGAUGUACCUAAUGAAGCUUCCAGCACUAUUUUACCAGCAAGUCAAUAGAUAUAGAGUGACUAAGCAGAUAGAAGAGGCCAUCUAGUCCAAUCUUUUCAUUUUACAAGCAAGGAAGUGCUUUCAAUGGAUUUUAAAAUUGAACACACUUGGGAUGGUUUGCCAAUAUGCCAUGAGCCUGUGUGGAUUGGACUGAGACCAGGUGAUGGAGGAUUGAUGAUGGAAGUGAAGGCUCCAUUUUUUAAUGAUCCUUCAGCCCCACCUGGAGAAGCAGGAAAACCUUUUGAAGGACUGUGGCAUUAUGAAGUGGUGGAGGCGUUUUUCUUGAAUGACAGAACCAAGCAAUAUUUGGAAGUUGAACUUUGUCCCCAUGGGCAACAUUUGGUGAUUUUACUAUCUGGAAGAAGACAUUCAUGGAAACAAGAGCUUCCUUUAGCAUUUGAGGUUUCCAGAAGUGAGACCACAUGGGAAGGUAAAGCUCUUCUUCCUUGGAAUUAUUUUCCUCCUGGUGUAGAGAAAUUUAAUUUAUAUGCGAUUCAUGGAUCAAAAGCUGGAAGAACUUAUGAAGCACUUUACCCCAUACCACAAGAUGAAAUACAAAAAGGACAGGAGCCUGAUUUUCAUCGUCUAGAAUACUUCAAGUCUUUUAGUUUGAAUAUGAUUUUUGGAAAGGACUGGAAACAGCCUGAAUCAGACCUUUGGAUGUCACAGAAGUCUAUUGCAAAGGAAGAAAGUAAAUAAUAUCAUGUCUAUUGCCUAUCUUCUCAAGAAAUCUACAAAUUAUAAACUGUAACCUUUCAAAGGAAAUGUGAACAUUUUAAUACUAUUUAUUUGCAAAGAUGAUUUUUAAAAGUAAAUUUUUCAAGAGCUACAUUGCUAGUAGUGCUUAAGAUAAUAAAAUGCUUGUGAAUGG